AUGCAUUUGGUAAAUGGGGUGGGAGCGUGGGGUGGUUUCGGAUGUAAUCUUCAGCUUGGCCCAUCGCAGCGGCGUAGUGAUCGUCCACUACCAUUCGUAUGUCGCCGCGCUGUUCGUCGCGAUCGUUUUCAUAUCACUCUUAAUGGUCAAGUCACAGUUUCCAUUGUUCCCAGUACGGGAAGGAUGUAUAUACAAGAGCGUGGAUUUCGCACGAGACGAGUCGGAAGCGUGGGAGUCGGUGGGAUCGGAUCAUCAAAAUCUGAUUAUAACAAAACCAAAUGGAGCAUCUUUUCUGACAUGCUUGGUGUAACAAAAAAGAGCAAAGAAGAAACACCUGAUGGGUGGAAUCAGUAUGACUCAGAGUUAAAGAAGUUGCCUGAAGCGCAACAAAAAACUUAUACCGUGAGUUCGAAGCGGAAAUACCAUUUUAACACGGAAAUAUACAGUUGUGUGGGCCAUUUUUUCACCAGCGUUCUCUAUGCUGGCAUAGGUAUAGCAGAUUUCGUGUUAAGAGAUGACAUCUCAUUGGCACGCUAA